UAAUUGAAAAGUGCAUGACGUUAGGUCAGGAAACCGUGAAGAAAAAUCACUGGAACUCGUACUUUCGAUGAAGAAUUACAAACGAGCCCUGCCGACAGAAAAGAAUAAUUGAUUAUUAAAAAAACUCUCUUCUCAGUCGAGGAGAAGGACAUUUUCUCCUUUGGAAUAAGCCCAGUUUCCCGGCGACCGCGGAUUCACGUCUGAACCGAGGACCAUUGCCAGAGAUUUCAACGCCAGUGAAGGAAAGGAGAAAAUACGAGACGAGGAAAUACGAAAUCUAAAAAAAGAAAAAAAAAAAAAAGGAGAGUGGACGCUUUAGGAUUUGGCUUUCGAGUUUUUGGUCUCCGAAGCCCUCCUCUCCUUGCCCCUCGACCUCUGCCUUCUAAAUGAAGGACGGGGCACUGGCUGGCACUUCAACUAUGUCCGUCUCCGGUGCUCUAGGACUCUCCCAGAUGCGUCCGAUAUUCUCAGGAUACCCUUUCCAAGGACAGGGCCGCGUGAACCAGCUGGGCGGCGUGUUCAUCAACGGGCGGCCGCUGCCCAACCACAUCCGCCUCAAGAUCGUGGAGAUGGCGGCGGCGGGCGUGCGCCCCUGCGUGAUCUCGCGGCAGCUCCGCGUGUCCCACGGCUGCGUCUCCAAGAUCCUCAACCGGUACCAGGAGACCGGCUCCAUCCGGCCCGGCGUCAUCGGCGGGUCCAAGCCUAAGGUAACCACGCCUGACGUCGAGAAAAAGAUCGACGACUAUAAAAAGGAGAACCCGGGCGUGUUUUCAUGGGAGAUCAGAGACAGGCUGGUGAAGGAGGGCAUCGUGGACAAGGCCUCCGCGCCCUCCGUCAGCUCCAUCAGCAGGAUCCCGGGCGGCAAGAGGGAUGACGACCCCAGGAAGGAUCACAGCAUCGACGGCAUCCUCGCUGAAGGCUCGAUCUCAGACAGCGACACGGAGAGCGAGCCGGGCAUCCCCAUCAAGAGGAAGCAGCGCCGCGCCAGGACCACCUUCACCGCCGAGCAGCUGGAGGAGCUCGAGCGCGCCUUCGAGAGGACGCAGUACCCCGACGUGUACACGAGGGAGGAGCUCGCGCAGAGGACCAAGCUCACCGAGGCCAGGGUCCAGGUGUGGUUCAGCAACAGGCGCGCCCGUUGGCGGAAGCAGAUGACAGGCCAGGGGAUGGGCGUCACAGCUCUCAACGCCCUCGCGAUGACGACAACCUACCCCGGCAGCCUACCGCCCACUCUCCACCCGCCCACCACAGCGCCCGCGCCCAUCACUUCUUCCACUACCACAGCUUCUACCACCAUGGGCGGUUCCACACAGCAUUACUCCGCUCAUGAACACGCCCACGCUGCGGCCGCGGCUGCGGCACACCACGCCCACGGAGACGCCAACGCCUGGUCCCGCGCCGCCCUCAUGAACCAGCAGGUCGCAAGCAGCGGCGGAGGCGGCGGCGCAGGGACAGGGAGCGGUAGCGGCGGCGGCGGAGCAGGAAGCGGCGGAGGCGGCGCAGGUGGAGGAAUGGGCAGCGACGGGAGCCUCCAGAGCAGCGCCCAGGCCAACCUCCAGAGCCAGAUGAUGUCGAUGCUCUCGUCCAACAACAACGGCUCCUCCAUCUUCUCCUCGGGCCCCCACGGCGCCCUCCUGCAGACAGGCGGCGCAGCCACGGGCCCGCCGGCCCUCGGUAGCCACGGCGCCUCCGUCACGGCCUCCGACUACAGCGCCGCCGCCAACGGCCUCACCUCCGCCACGGGGCACCACGGCGAGGCGUCCUGGACGCAACUGCACGCCAAGGGGAGCGACGCCUGGGGCACGCACCACCACCACCACCACCACGGCCACCACAUCCCCUACGACAACUACAGCACGGUCAUGGGCGGAGGAGAGAUGCUGAUGACGGGGCAGCACUUCCCGAUGGACAGCAUGAAGUCCGCCGCGGCCGCCUUCCACUACCCGACGCAGUACACGGCCGCCGCAGCCGCCGCCAACUUCAACCAGCAGCUUCGCCACCACAAAGGCGCUCCUCUCCCCCUCUUCUGA